GAGGCUCCGCCUCCUCGUGAUGCUGCUUGGAUUUCCGCUCUAGGACUCGAGCUGUUCAGGUCCUCCUGUCAGUGACUGGGUCCGAGAUGGCGUCGGACUCGGGGGACCGGGAGACCGCCUGCACGUUGGAGUUCGCCGUACAGAUGACCUGUCAGAGCUGUGUGGACGCAGUGCGCAGGUCCCUGCAAGGGGUGCCAGGUGUCCAGAGUGUAGAGGUGCAGUUGGAGAACCAGAUGGUCUUGGUGCAGACCACCCUGCCCAGCCAGGAGGUGCAGGCCCUCUUAGAAGGAACGGGGCGGCAGGCGGUACUCAAGGGCAUGGGCACGGGCCUAUUGCAGAACCUGGGGGCAGCAGUGGCCAUUCUAGGGGGCCCUGGCCCUGUGCAGGGGGUGGUGCGCUUCCUACAGCUGACCCCUGAGCGCUGCCUCAUUGAGGGAACCAUUGAUGGCCUGAAGCCUGGGCCACACGGACUCCAUGUCCAUCAGUUCGGGGACCUCACAAGGAACUGCAACAGCUGUGGGGACCACUUUAACCCUGAUGGGACAUCUCAUGGGGGCCCGCGGGACUCUGACCGGCACCGGGGAGACCUGGGGAAUGUCCACGCUGAUGCUGAUGGCCAAGCCAUCUUCAGGAUAGAGGAUGAGCAGCUGAAGGUAUGGGAUGUGAUUGGCCGAAGCCUGGUCAUUGAUGAGGGAGAAGAUGACCUGGGCCGGGGCGGCCAUCCCUUAUCCAAGAUCACGGGGAACUCAGGAGAGAGGUUGGCCUGUGGCAUCAUCGCACGCUCCGCUGGCCUUUUCCAGAACCCCAAGCAGAUCUGCGCCUGCGACGGCCUCACCAUCUGGGAGGAGCGAGGCCGGCCCAUUGCUGGCAAGGGACGAAAGGAACCGCCACAGCCACCCCAGCCCCCUGCCCACCUCUGAGCAAGGCCUGCGCCUCAGUCUCAGGUCCACCACCCUCCUCCAGGGGAUGGGGGGGCCCUGCUUGCCUAGUCCAGGAACAGGGGUACGGGGUGUGCAGGGGUUGCUGGGACGCUCCCUUGGCAAAGUAAAGUUUUUCUCUUCAUAUGGAA